AUGUCCCUAAGGUCGUAUAACUAUAAAGGAACACUGUUAUCUUACGCAGCUGAUUUCAUGUACGAUAACAUGGUCCACCGAUCAAUGUUGACCCAACGAUACCAUUGUACAGCAAACAAUGCCUUCGACCACAACAUCGUUGCAGGAGGAAACAAUGACGUCUGGAAGACUGAAAGCGUUAGUGGGAUGUCCACAUCGAAGGGCGGUGGUGGUCAGACAUAUGCGGGUGCAAAUGGUAAAAACACAGCUAGUUGUGGACGGACAUCCAUAAGAUAUGGACCAAGUAUAGGUUCAGAUGGACAGUAUACAAUGGACAGAGAUAUCUCAAACUCAUCCAGGCGUCAGGGUAGAAGUGUACGGGAGAAUGUAACACAUACACGCCCCAUGUGCACCAUAGACGAUGAGGAAUUCGAUAUACCUCCGCUAUUUGACAACACGCUAUACGAUAGCUCCAAAAUCCCUGAUCUAGACAUUGACGAAAUGGGUGGAGAGGUUGUUGUAGGGAAAGUAUACUCUAGUAAGAUUUUUUUUCAAGUAGCUCUUGUUGUUUACGCAAUCAAAAGCAUGUUUAAUUUGGCAAACCACGACGAAGAGUAA